UUGUGCUGUCUCGCAUCCAUAUGAUACAAUGUAUAUGUUUAGAACUCACACAAGUUUUAUCGCACACCAAAGGUGAAGUGUCAUCACGAAAAUGUGAUUAUUAUUAUUACAAAUCCCACUUUAUUGGUGGUUAAAAAAUUGUAACGUACAACGACUUUCCACGGGUGAUCUGAAUUACCGCUCUCGAAAAGACUCACUAGUGCUUUCUCUCCGCAGCGAUACUGAAAUGCCCACAGCUAGUCAGAAUUCUAAUGAGUCAAUGAACAGCAAGGAUCAUUCAGAUCAACAGCAAAAGCAUGAGGAAUCAUUGCACUCAUCUACACCGUCGGUUCUCUCAGAAUUACAUAUGCAGAGUACAGAAAUCGGCGAGAUCACCGAAGUACCAGAUUACGAUAAUCUCAGUAUCUCGGCAGUUUUGCAUUACUGUAAAUACAAGAUUUUAAGGCCCUAUCUGAGAUUGCUUGGAGUGAUGGGUCUAAGACCAACAAGUGGUGAAGAAACGGAGCAUCAUUCACGCUACUGUUUGCUGGCGAAUUUACAUACAUUUCAAGUCAUUGUUUUUAUGUGUAUUGGAUAUGUGCUACAAUAUAUGGCAUGUUUUAGAAGAGAUCGCGGAUUUUCGUACAAACUGUUACCGAUAACGUUUGAAGCUUUAAAAAACAACACGAAACUACGUGAAUACGAGCAAAUUUGUUACGAAAAUGCUGUAUUCAGUUAUCUGAUACCCAGUGUGCUUCACUUAUCUGCAUACCUGUAUACUGUAUACUUAUUUCGAAUUAAGGAGAAUGAGCAACUUCAAAAUUUAAUGGAAAGAGCAUUUUUAUUAUCAUCUAAUGCAGUAAAUAGGGGCAAUCAAAGGAAACUUGUAGGAAUUUUAUGGCUCUUUAUUGGUUUGGGUAUAGUGUGGAUGAUUGUAGCACUUAUUACUGUUAAUAUAAUGAUGGCUGGAGGCAAAAUUUCAUUCCAAUGGCUUAAUCAAAGCCCACCACAAAUAAAAAUACUACUGAAGGUACUUCUAAUAAUUUGUACAUUAUGGCAUGAUAUGGUUCAAGGAACUAUCAUAACAAGUUACUGUCUGCAAGGACAGCUGUUACUUUCUCAUCUAUACUUUCUUCGUGCAAAAUUACUCCAACACACACUGCCUCCUAUAGACUGGAUGAGAGAGCUUUCGGAGUUCAAGAAACUUCUAAGAUAUUUUAAUAACGAUUUUGCUCCAGCAGUAUGUAUUUAUACAGUGGUCAAUUUAUCAUGGGCAGCAUCAGGUGUAAUAUGGCUUUUGAAUUAUGAUAAUAUUGACAUGCAAACCAAUUCAGUAACAUGUAUCGGUGCAAUAAAUAUUUCACUUUGGAUACUUAUCACCCUGGCACCAUUUAUACAGGCUGCUAGAUUAACAACUGCCUGUUCCAUGAUACAAACUAUUGGGCAUGAAGUACGCAUACGACCUUUCGUUUAUCAAGGGACACCUGGAGAGGAUUUGGAUACAAUAUUGUUAUACACAUCAUCAUUAAAAAUGUGCGCCAAAUUGUUCAGGGUGCCUAUUACUGGCCGAUGUUUAUGCCUAAUACUUACCAUAGGAUGUAUUACGGUUCUUACGUUAGGCCAAUGUCAUUUCUUCUCAUAAUUUAUGCAAUUAGUCUAUUUACAGUU